AAUACCAUCCAAGCAAAUUAGAAAAGAUUGGAAAGUCUUGCCAGAGAAGGYGAUAGCCCUGUAUAUUUUGUCCAAUGGUUUUCAUUUCAAGAAGCUGCGCCAGCGUCCUUCGUUGCGCGCUCGACAUCCAUAUCCAGUCGUCCGGUUUGCUGGCACGGUGCAAGUUCGACAGAGUCUGUCGGCAUCCUUGACGGUGAUGUCUUCAGCUCUUUUGGGAGCGAUGGAGGGCAGCGGCAGUGACGAUGGUGGCAAGCUGAUGACGGCGGAGAGGACGGCAAUGGCAACAGUUGUUACCGCUGUCCUCUUCCAUUGUCGGUUGGAGAGGAUGCCGGGGAGAAUGAAAGCGCAGAUCCGCAUGUGGAGGCGGAAGGUGAUGCAGUGCACGAUGGUGGAAGGGUUGGACACCACCGCCAUCUGCGAUGCCGUCGUUCAUGUGUGCUGCGCCUUGGGUUGCGGAGCUCUUCCCAAAGCAACGCCCAGGUGGUGGAUGAAAAGAAGGACGGGCGGGACAUGGGAGGAUCUGCGGCAAUGCGAUGACACCACGGAGGAUUACUUUCCGGACAAGCUGCGCAUGUCGCCACGUGUCUUCCGGGAGCUUGCGGAAGCUCUGUCGCCCUUCCUGCAGUGUCGUGUGACGUUCUAUAGAGAACCGCUGCAGCCUGACCAGAUCGUCGCGUACGCAUUGUAUCGGUGGGCGUCGGGGGAGACGUAUGAGAGCAACACGUGUAACUUCGGCAUCGGCACAGCAUCAGGUUUGGUGGCGGUGCGGGACGUGACUGCGGCGUUGCUGACGGUGUACCGUGAUAAGAUAUCAUGGCCGACGGGGGUGCGCAAGUCGGUGGUCCUCCGUGCUUUUGCUGGCAAGGGGUUCCCCAACUGCCAUGGGUGCAUCGACUGCACACGUAUAUAGAUCGACAAGCUGGCAAAUGCCCCUGGCGAGGACUACUACGACCGGAAACGACGUUUUUCGAUCAUCGCGCUUGUUGUC